CGCUGCAGCCGCCGCCGCCGCCACCCGAGGGGCGCGCGCGGGAUCGUGAGGGCGGCGGGAGCUGAGCAGGAUAAAUCAGGAAUCCCUGCCCGCUCACCAUGGGCUCCACAGUGUGGGAAUGUGGCUGAAAUUUCAAUUUUUCGUUCAUCACCGAGAGUGGGGAAAAAAAAAAAAAAGGAAAAUUCCUUCAGGACCCUGAGGAUGUCGGAGAGAGAAAAUUUUGAAAUUUGGAGGAACCACAAGCGAAGGCAAAGGUGAGAAAUGAGAUUUUGGAAGGAAAUGUUGGAAUUUUUGAGGGUGCGAAGGUUCUGCAAGCAGAGCCAAUGUGAAAAAUGAAAUUUUAGAAGGAAAUUUUGGAAUUUUUGAGGGUGUGAAGGUUCUGCAAGCAGAGCCAAUGGGAGAAAUGAGAUUUGGAAGGAAAUUUUGGAGUUUUUAAGGAGGUGGGAGAUGCCACGAGCAAAGGCAACGUGAGAAACGGGAUUUUGGCAGGAAAUACCAGAAUUUUUACGGAUCUGGAGGAUGCCACAGGCAGGGCCAAUGUGAACAAUGAGAUUUGGACAGAAAUAUCAGAAUUUCUGAGGAUGAGGAAGAUGCCACAAACAAAGCCAGUGUGAACAAUGAGAUUUGGAAGGAAAUUUUGGAAUUUCUGAGGAGGCGGAAGAUGCCACAAGCAGAGCCAAUGUGAAAAAUGAGAUUUGGACAGAAAUUUUGGAAUUUCUGAGGAUGAGGAAGAUGCUACGAGCAGAGCCAGUGUGAAAAAUGAGAUUUGGACAGAAAUAUCAGAAUUUCUGAGGAGGUGGAAGAUGCCACAAGCAGAGCCAGUGUGAAAAUUGAGAUUUGGACAGAAAUUUUGGAAUUUCUGAGGAAGAUGCCACAAGCAGAGCCAGUGUGACAAUUGAAAUUUGGACAGAAAUAUCAGAAUUUCUGAGGAGGUGGAAGAUGCCACAAGCAAAGCCAGUGUGACAAUUGAAAUUUGGACAGAAAUCUCAGAAUUUCUGAGGACGAGGAAGAUGCCACAAGCAGAGCCAGUGUGACAAUUGCGAUUUUGGCAGGAAACGUUGGGGUUGUGAGGAUGAGGAGGAUGUUUCGGGGGGUGAGGAUGGCCCUGGCGUGGCUGCUGCCCGCCCUGUGGGUUUUGGGGUGCCGGCUGCCCCCCGGGAACGGGCACAGCCUGUUCUCCUGCGAGCCCAUCGCGCUCCGCAUGUGCCAGGACCUGCCCUACAACUCCACCUUCAUGCCUAACCUGCUCAACCACUACGACCAGCACACGGCCGCGCUGGCCAUGGAGCCGUUCCACCCCAUGGUGAACCUGGAGUGCUCGCGGGAUUUCCGGCCGUUCCUGUGCGCGCUGUACGCGCCGGUGUGCAUGGAGUACGGGCGCGUGACGCUGCCCUGCCGCCGCCUGUGCCAGCGCGCCCACAGCGAGUGCUCCAAGCUCAUGGAGAUGUUCGGCGUCUCCUGGCCCGAGGAUAUGGAGUGCACCAGGUUCCCGGACUGCGACGAGCCCUACCCUCGCCUGGUUGACCUCAACCUGGCGGGCGAGCCCACGGAGGAGGCGCCGAUGGCCGUGCAGAGGGAUUACGGCUUCUGGUGUCCCCGGGAGCUGAAAAUCGACCCCGAGCUGGGCUACUCCUUCCUCAGGGUGCGGGACUGCUCCCCUCCCUGCCCCAACAUGUACUUCCGCCGCGAGGAGCUCUCCUUCGCCCGCUACUUCAUCGGCGUCAUCUCCAUCGUCUGCCUCUCGGCCACCCUGUUCACCUUCCUCACCUUCCUCAUCGACGUCACGCGCUUCCGCUACCCGGAGCGCCCCAUCAUCUUCUACGCCGUCUGCUACAUGAUGGUGUCCCUCAUCUUCUUCAUCGGCUUCCUGCUGGAGGACCGCGUGGCCUGCAACGCCUCCAGCCCCUCGCAGUACAAGGCCUCCACGGUGACGCAGGGCUCGCACAACAAGGCCUGCACCAUGCUCUUCAUGGUGCUCUACUUCUUCACCAUGGCCGGCAGCGUCUGGUGGGUCAUCCUCACCAUCACCUGGUUCCUGGCCGCCGUGCCCAAGUGGGGCAGCGAGGCCAUCGAGAAGAAGGCGCUGCUGUUCCACGCCAGCGCCUGGGGCAUCCCGGGCACGCUCACCGUCGUCCUGCUGGCCAUGAACAAGAUCGAGGGCGACAACAUCAGCGGCGUGUGCUUCGUGGGGCUCUACGACGUGGACGCGCUGCGCUACUUCGUGCUGGCGCCCCUGUGCCUCUACGUGGUGGUGGGGGUGUCCCUGCUGCUGGCCGGGAUCAUCUCCCUCAACCGCGUGCGCAUCGAGAUCCCGCUGGAGAAGGAGAACCAGGACAAGCUGGUCAAGUUCAUGAUCCGCAUCGGCGUCUUCAGCGUGCUCUACCUCGUGCCCCUGCUGGUGGUCAUCGGCUGCUACUUCUACGAGCAGGCCUACCGGGGCGUGUGGGAGACCACGUGGAUCCAGGAGCGCUGCCGCGAGUACCACAUCCCCUGCCCCUUCCAGGUCACCCAGAUGAGCCGUCCCGACCUGAUUCUGUUCCUCAUGAAGUACCUGAUGGCCUUGGUGGUCGGCAUCCCCUCGGUGUUCUGGGUUGGGAGCAAGAAGACCUGCUUUGAGUGGGCCAGCUUCUUCCACGGGCGCAGGAAAAAGGAGGUCGUCAACGAGAGCCGCCAGGUGCUGCAGGAGCCGGACUUCGCGCAGUCGCUGCUGCGGGACCCCAACACGCCCAUCAUCCGCAAGUCGCGGGGCACCUCCACGCAGGGCACCUCCACGCAUGCCUCGUCCACGCAGCUGGCCGUGCUGGACGAGCAGAGGAGCAAGGCCGGCAGCGUGCACAGCAAAGUCAGCAGCUACCACGGCAGCCUGCACCGCUCGCGGGACGGACGGUACACUCCCUGCAGCUACAGGGGCGUGGAGGAGCGGCUCCCUCACGGCAGCAUGUCGCGGCUCACCGACCACUCGCGGCACAGCAGCUGCCACCGGCUCAACGAGCAGUCGCGGCACAGCAGCGUCAGGGACCUCAGCAGCAACCCCAUGACACACAUCACGCACGGCACCAGCAUGAACCGCGUCAUCGAGGAGGACGGCACCAGCGCCUGACCUUCCUCGGCCCGGAGUCAUCCUCAGCCUCAGCCGGGCUCGGGACUUGAGCCGCUGAGUGUAAAGCUGGUUGCGUGCUCUGAACCUCUCUGGAGGUAAUUAUUUAUUUGAGAACUGUUCCUCGUCGGACACGACUGCUGAAUUUCUGGUUCGCUGUGGAAAAACAAUCUCCCCCCUUCCUCCUCUGUCCCCCUCCCUGUGUCCCUCCUUCCGUGGGCUCGGCCCCAGCUCUCGGUGUCGGUGUGGGGCGGUGCUGGGAGUUGUUCUGAUGAGACUUGAGGGAACCUGUGAUGGUUGAAGGAAUCCCUCCCUCCGUGCACCUCCCUGCAGGGGACAUUCCUGCCAGCUGGUGACCCUGGAAACGCCGCCCGAGUGAAAGGAAGCUCCUCCGAGGAUCACCAGCUCUUCCCAGAGCGGCCCAGGCUCGGUUUUCCACGGGGUGGAGGGAAGAGAGAGGCAGGGAAGAGCGAUUUUUUUAUAACUUGUACCAUCCUUGCUUUUUUACAAAAGACUAUUUAAAUUUUCUACUGGUUUACAAUUUCUGUAGGAAGAGAUGGGUUUUAAAAGCAGUUAUCUAGAUAAUAUUCAGCCAUUUAUUUUUUAGAGUCAUGUACAAAAGCUGAGAUUGCCUGUUCCUAAUCUAUUUAAAAAAGAAAUUAUCACAGGAAUGCUGCAUUUGUGCCCCAAGCAGGAAUGUAGAGCCCGUCCCUGCAGCCAGAGCUGAGCCUGUUUACAAACCCCAGCAGCUGAGGCCAGAGGGACCAGGGGAGUUGAUUCAAGGGUGCCCCACCUGCCUGGUGAUGCCAGGGCUGCUUUGGGGAGGAUUCUCUGUGCUGAGCAAGAAUUCAGAGAUGGGUGGGAGAAACUGAGGCAGGAGCUGCCCCCAGAUGGGGACAAGGAGGAUGUGGCAGCUGGAAGCCCAGGGCAGUCCUUGAGGAGGAGACAGGAUCCCCAGUUCAGAUCUGCCUCUGCUGUGGUUGUUUCCAUCCCCUUCUGCAGAUUCGUGGCAGGGAAUUCUCAGUUUGGGCUUUUUUUUUUGUGUGGAAAGGCUCCCUUGGGAUGCACUGGAGGCAGAAGUCAAGGAUGGUGCUGGAGAUCUUGUGGAGCAUCUUCUGUGGGGAUGGAUCCAGCACAGGGAAACACUGCUGGCUGCAAACCUACCUCAGUAAUCACUGCUGGGAAACGAAUCCUCAUUUUUGCUUUGUCCUUCCAUGAUUCCCUCCCUGACCUGCUGGAGGCAAUUUGAGAAACCUUUGUGCACCAACCCCGGGGCAGGGGCUGCUCCACAAUUAACCAACUUUAAUUGCAGCUCCUAACCCCAGCGCUGUGGAAUCAAAGGCUCCCAGAUUUAUCCCAAAUUGUCUCUCUUGCUUCCAGCGGGUCAGGAGGAGAGGGCAGAUGGAGCCCAGCGUGGAAUAACAACAAAGCUCUUUGUUGUCAGCCCCCGGGGCCCUGGGGCAGAGCAGGCUCUGCUUGGCCUGUUUGCUCAGCAAACAGCCCCGGGGCCAGCCCAGGGACAGCCCCGGCCCAGGGAUAACCGAACAUCCAAAGCUGUGGAAAAAUCCUUCGGAGUGACUUAAACCGGAGAAGCUGCAGCUCCCUGGAAGCCCCAAGGGUGGAUGGAACCUUUGCUGUUUUCCAAUCCAGCUCCUCCUGACUCACUGCCUCCGAGGGGUGAUCUGGGAGAAACCUGGAUAAGCUGAGUUUUCCUAAACACUGGAACUGAACUAAAUGAGCUCAAGGGUUUACGUUGAUCCUCUUGGCUCAACUUGCAGUAUUUUUUUUU